AAGAAUUAUCAGCAAAUGCCUUUUAAUCCUCGGGAAGGCAAUUGGAGAUAGACACACACACACACUAUAUGUGUGUAUAUAUAUAUAUAUCUGUAUAUAUAUAUAUAUACACACACAAAGCUUAGUUUCAGUUUGGAUCCUGUGGUUGAGUUACUGCUGAGCACAGGCCCCACGCUGCUGCAGGAAGCCGCUGCCCCCAGGCCAGGCGGUUCCCUGCUGGCAGCCGCUUUGCAGCAUCCUCCCUGCUCGUAGAGCCAGCGGGCAGCAGCGGGGGCACGAGCAGGCUGGGCUGCACAGCGUCCUGCAAACUGGGGGACCCCACCCCGCACGUUUAGCAGGGAUGAGGGAUAGGGACACCUGCAUGACACCGAGCCCUCCUGCCAUGCAGGGCAGCAGGAGCAGCUUGGGGACAGGAGGGGACACAUGCAACAGCCCUGGCUGUUACUCUCCCUCUUUGCUUCCCCACACAAAGGUUCUCCUGUUUGUCCCAUUAGUGCCAUCAUUAAAAACCAGUUAGUCUCCUACGGAGAGCAAACGCAGCUUGGCCAGCCCUGCUGAGGGGCUGUGCAGCCGGGACGUGUGUCUCCCUGGCGCUGUGGUGCAGCGCUCCCCUCCUGCUUGUGUACUGGAGCUAAUUGGUGUAGGGUGCCCAGGAGCCCAGCUUUGCACCUUGUUAGCAUGGCAAUUAGCUCUCUUUGCCUUCCUGAUUGCUCAUGUGCAUAUUUGACUCCAAUCCAUCUUUCCAGCGAGUUAUAAAUGCGGUGCAGGGGAGGCAGGGGGGAGUCGAGCUGGGGCUGGGACAGCAGAGCCAUGCUGGGGACCGUCCUGCUGCUGCUGGUGCUGGCACGGCCGGCGUGCCCGAGCCCGGCCAGCACAGCAAGCCGGCGAGCUGAGGCGCUCAAGAGGCUGCUGGAAGUCUUUGGCAUCGAAGACCCUCCGCCCCCCCCAGCUCACUUCAAGCAGCCGCCCCAGUACAUGGUGGAUCUGUUCAACACCGUGGCCAACGCUGACGGUGUUACCAAGAACCCCGACAUCCUGGAGGGCAACACGGUCCGCAGCUUCUUGGAUAAAACUCAUGGCGAGAAGAUGCGGUUCCUUUUCAUCCUUUCAAGCGUGGCCAAGAAUGAAAAGAUCUUGACCGCGGAGCUGCAUCUCUUCCGCCUCUGGCCAAAAGCCACCGACGGGCCCAAACGGCACCACUUCUGCCAGGUCAGCAUCUACCAAAUUCUGGGUAAGACUGAACCGGACUCCCCCCAGGGGCAGAAGCUGCUGGCGUCCAGGCUCCUCUCACUGCAGGGCUCUGGCUGGGAGGUCUUUGCCAUCACACAGGCUGUUCGCGACUGGACCGAAGAUGAGAGUAGCAAUCGGGGUUUGCUGGUGACAGUCCAUGGCCUGGGCGGGAGCCCACUCGACUCCCCUGCUAUACAGUUUGCGUCCAGCAGGGACCACCACGAGAGCAAGAAGCCCAUGCUGGUCCUGUUCACCGAUGACGGGCGCCGGGGAGCAUCCCUGCCCACGGCGGACUUCCCAGAUUUACAGCCUCAGGAUCCUGUUCUUCCUGCCAAGAUGACAGUGCCCAAGCUGAACGGGCCACGCAGCACACGCUCACUGGACCGGCUCCAGCCCUGCCAGAGGCACCCCUUGUCUGUGGACUUCGAGGAGAUCGGCUGGUCUGGGUGGAUCAUCUCGCCGCGGGGCUACAACGCCUACCACUGCAAAGGCUCCUGCCCCUUCCCGCUGGGCGAGAACAUGCGGCCAACCAACCACGCCACCGUGCAGUCCAUCAUCAACGCCCUCAAGCUGAGUGAGGGUGUCAGCAGCCCCUGCUGCGUGCCGGACAAACUCCAUUCCAUCAACCUCCUCUACUUUGACGACGAUGAGAACGUGGUCCUCAAGCAGUACGACGACAUGGUGGCUGGGAGCUGUGGCUGCCACUGAGGCAGGAGGAGAAAGUGGAGGCUGCUGCUGCUCCCUCUGGGAGCACUGGGAGGCAAUGUGGAGAUUUCCUCACGCAGAGGAAUCUCUCUGCGAGGGUCUGUCCCACAAAAACCCACAGCGGUACCAAAGAGACUGGGCAGAGCAGAGCAAGGAGGUGCCCGGCUCUGCCCAGGAAGGCUCAGGGCUGAACUGAACAGACCCAAAUGAGCCUACAGAGCUGGCAGCCCUGGGGGAACGGCUCUGUUUCUGGGUGCCCCACGCAGGGUGUGCAGGUUUCCUUGCCUACAAAGGCUUCCUGCAGGCUGUACUAUAUGUAAAUAGCAAGAGCACUAAUAUAUGACAGAAACUGCCUGUACAGUGUCCUGUAAAUGUCUGUACAUUGCUGCAUUUUGUAAAAUGAAUUCAGAGGAGCUAUUAAACGUGCUGUUCUCAGCGGGGUUUCUUCUGUGAUCACUGCUUGUGACAAUGCUGGCCGAGGGACAGCAAACACCCUGUGGGGCAGCAGGAGCAGAGAAGUGACGAUUCAGCUGCAGUUCAGCCUCUGGGGCAGUUUUGGUUGCUGAUUUCUGUUCCUUGGACGUGUUUCCCAGCCCAAUGCCUUCAGGAUCUGUCAGCCAGAUGCCGUGGUGGGGGGAUCCCUGCAGAGCAGGGGUGGGUGCUGGGGCUCAGGGCAGCUGCAGGCGUGCCCAUCUUGCCUCCUCCCAACAGUUUCACUGCAGCAGUAGCUUAACCAGGGCCCCAGACACCAGCACCCCACCCCCAGCACCUCCAAGCUCAGCUUGCCAGUGACCAAGUCCCACCCCAGCAGGUAGGCACCAGUUUCGUCCCCACUGCUUGCC